CAUUACCUCUCUCUCUCUCUCUCUCGGGAAUAAGAAGUUGCAAUAGAACUCGAACAAAAAGAAAGAGAGAAAAAGGUCUCGAUCACCCCACCAUUCACCGCCACAGCACCACCACCACACCCUCCUCAAAUUUCAACGCCAACCCAAUAAUAAUCACUCAUCCCUCUCUUCAAAGCAACCUUCUUUCCCCCCCCCCCCCCCAACCACUUCGUCACCACCAAACCAAACCCACCUCACCUUCUCUCUAAAUAACCAAACCCCCAUUUCACCUUUUCUAUUAUUCCUCUCUCUCUGUUGCUUCUUUCGUUUGUUUUAAUAUUAUAGUUCAGCUCACAACAAAAGCAGCAUGGCUCGGCUCUUCCGAUCCAAAUCUUGCGAUCUCGUCGGACUCACCGAGUUCAACAUUCCUCCUCCGAGUCCAUUUUCCCACUACCACAACACCAGCAAAGAAGAAGAAGAAGAAGAAGAAGAAGAAGAAUAUGAGGAGUUGGGUUUUGAAGACGAGCAGGAGGUUGUAGGAAAUCCCAUGUCUGCCCCAUUUCUGUAUCCCACGAUUAGAGCCAGUGGGAAGAAUGAAGGUCGAGACUUUCAGGGGCAUAACGGUCAACAGCAGCAGGAGCAGCACCAGUUUGCCAUACUCGACAUUUUGGUGGCGGCUCUGAGGAAGUCUUUGAUAACUUGCAGCGUGGAGAGGGAUGACGUGGCAUCGUCUAUCGACAUCAGUUCUCCGACUGAGGUGAGGCAUGUCUCGCAUGUCACUUUUGAUAGGUUUAAUGGGUUUCUGGGUUUGCCGACUGAGCUCGAGCCUGAGGUCCCCAGGAAGGCGCCAAGUGCCAGUGCAAGUGUGUUUGGGGUCUCUGCCAAGUCGAUGCAGUGUUCUUUUGAUAAUAACGGCAACAGUGUGCCAACGAUACUUCUUAUGAUGCAAAAGCGAUUGUAUUCAGGAGGAGGCCUUAAAGCGGAAGGAAUAUUCAGAAUAACUGCUGAAAACGAUCAAGAAGAGCGUCUUCGUGGCCAGUUGAACAAAGGCAUCGUGCCGCAUGGAAUUGAUGUUCAUUGUUUAGCAGGCUUGAUAAAGGCAUGGUUUAGAGAGCUUCCUACAAGAGUACUUGAUUCACUCACACCAGAACAGGUGUUGCGCUGCAACACAGAAGAUGACUGCACUGAACUUGUGAAGACGCUUCCUCCAACAGAAGCUUCACUGCUUGAUUGGGCUAUCAAUUUGAUGGCCGAUGUUGCACAGAAUGAAGAGCACAAUAAGAUGAAUGCACGCAACAUUGCUAUGGUUUUUGCACCUAACAUGACCGAGAUGGCAGAUCCUUUGACUGCAUUAAUACACGCCGUGCAAGUUAUGAAUUUCCUCAAGACGCUGAUCUUAAAGAUCCUACGCGAGAGAGAGGAAUCAGCUGCGGAGGCUACAUUGCACUCAUCAUGCUCUAACCACAACAGACAAACUAUGUAUUCGAUUAUGGGUGAAUCUUUUGUUCAUGAUAGCUCAUUCAUAACCGCCACUUUGGACAGUCCAAAAGCUGACAUCGAUGAGAAACUUUGGUGCUCUCCGGUAAUGACCGAUGGGGAAGAUGAACUCGAAUCCACUUCACACAGCAGCGCAUCUACUAAAUGUGUACUUGAGUGUUCAGAAAAUGAAUGCAGAAAUGGAUACGAAGCUGGAGAUUGGUUAAGUUUGAGGAAAGGAGUGCGGAAGCUAUGCAGCCACCCGGUGUUUCAGUUGAGUAAGCCGGCUAAGAAGACUGCGAAUCUUGAUAUUGUAAAUGCUAGGGGAGAAGGCGGAGAAGCAUGGGCAUAGAGAAAUGGGAAGCAGAGGAGUCUGUUUUUGUUUAUAUGAUUGUGGUUUGUGUAAACAUUUCAUAGUAUAGGUGUUAGCAUUUUGUUUUGUUCUUCUAGUCAGAUAAAAGGUUUGGAAGGAACUAAUUAGAGGUUUGAAAAGGGUAGUGAGCUCUUCUGUAUGAUUUGACUCACAACUUUGUGUGAUUUUAAUAACAAUGUUGGAGAUUUGAUAAACAA